AUGGCCUUCACCUUCGCCGCCUUUUGCUACAUGCUCACUUUGGUCCUCUGCGCCUCGCUCAUCUUCUUCGUCAUCUGGCAUAUAAUCGCCUUUGACGAAUUGCACAUGGACUUCAAGAACCCUAUCGACCAGGGCAAUCCAGCCAGGGCAAGGGAGAGGUUGAAAAACAUUGAACGCAUCUGCUGCCUCUUGAGAAAGCUCGUGGUUCCUGAAUACUCCAUCCACGGCCUUUUCUGUCUGAUGUUUCUCUGCGCGGCUGAAUGGGUGACUUUAGGACUUAACAUCCCUCUGCUUUUCUACCACUUGUGGAGGUAUUUUCACCGCCCAGCAGACGGCUCAGAGGUGAUGUACGAUGCCGUCUCCAUCAUGAAUGCCGACAUCUUAAACUAUUGCCAGAAAGAGUCGUGGUGCAAACUGGCCUUUUAUCUGUUGUCAUUCUUCUAUUACCUGUACAGUAUGGUUUAUACGCUGGUGAGUUUCUAACGGAGCCAAUUGAAGGAAGCGGGGGAGAUCCUUUCGCUGGUUCCCAGUGACUCCUCUGGGAAUGCCCCCCCACACACCCGGACUAUGAAGUUACAUGGCUAAGACUAUAUGGGGGACGGUAUGGACCGACCACAGGCCUGACACCUCCCCAUGUCUGAAGCCAAUAACGCCGCAAGACUGUCCUUUCCUGGCUGCCUUGGACACUGAUACUCCUGCUGCCUCAUAUCGGAUGGGGGUUGCCGUAUCACCCCCCCACACACUUCCUCCCCUCUGUUCCAGCCCCAGGAAUAAUGCCCACCGGUUCUGUAUUUUGCAAAAGAAAGCCUGCAUCUUCUCCAC